UUCAUGCCUUGCUGCUCCUUUUACAACCAUAACUAGCAGACUCUGCAGCAUUUACAGUUAAAAAAAAAUACUUGGCUACUCUGUUUCUAACUUGACAGGCAAGAUGGCUGGUGGAAACAUGACCCUGGACUCUGUUGCAGUUCCAUCAAACCAGAGCAGCUGUGAUGUGUUUGUGUACCAAAGAGCCGCAGUGGUCCUUUUCCCCAUUUUCUACUCUGUGGUAUUCAUCAUCAGCACAUGCGGCAACAGUUUGGUUCUCCGUGUCAUCUGCCAGAGAAAACAGAAGUUCAACUCCACCUCCAUUUAUCUGGUCAACCUUGCUUUAUCUGAUGCUCUGUUCACACUGGCACUUCCUGGGAGAAUUACCUACUACAUCCGUCACUUUGACUGGCCUUUUGGUGACCUUCUCUGCAAAGUGACCACGCUUCUUUUCUUUACAAACACAUAUGCAGGUAUCGGCUUCAUGACCUGCAUCAGCUUGGACAGAUACCUGGCCAUGGUGCAUCCACACCGGCUGCAGUGUUUGAGGAGUGUAAAGGUUGUUCGAAGGGUGUGCUGCCUGGUCUGGGCUCUAGUGUUUCUGGAGGUGGCGCCUCUGCUGUUCCGCAGCAUGCUGCACGAGCAUCAGGGAAGACGAACCUGCAUGGAGUACUUCAACUUCGAGGGCUCCCGCUUCACUCCGUAUCUCCUGCUUCUGGCGUGCGUCGUGUCCUUCUGCUGCCCGCUUACCAUUAUCAUGUGCUGCUACGCCAAGAUCAACAUUAAACUGCGAGAUGCAGCUAAGAAGAACUCUGUAACUGGUCGCUCAAGGAGGAAUCACAGGGCCAACACUAUUAUUCUGCUGAUCCUCCUCACCUUCAUCGUAUGUUUUAGCCCUUAUCACAUCAAUGUCAUCCAGUUUAUGGCCAGAAAAAUACACCACCAGCCAACCUGUGAAGAACUGAGAGCCUUUAAGGUGUCUUUACAGAUUACCGUUUCGUUAAUGAACUUCAACUGCUGCUUGGAUCCAGUCAUCUACUUUUUUGCCAUUAAGACAUACAAGAAGAGGGUGAUGAGCCUGUUUAAAGACUAUCUCUAUACUUCCGGCGCCUCCUCCAAAAUGACAGCUGAGAACAGCAGCAGCAACACCUGAGAAACCACAGCUGAUUCUGCAAGAUGUACAUAUAGAACAUAUGCCACAGACCUAUUUUCCCAUGCUAAACAAAAAAAAGAAAAAGAAAAGGGCUUUAUUUUACGUAGUCUCUUCUGCUGAUGUGGUUUUUUUACAUGAUCCCUUCCAUCUAAAAUAUAUAUAAAUUGUGUAUGGACACAUGCAGUGUAUGUGCCUUAAUUUAGCUGUAAAAAAAAUUAAUUAAAUCCUUGUUCCGCUGUUAGUGUUGCACCCAGUAUUUGUUUGUACUGUAUAUAUUGCCAAGUAUUUUUGUUGUUGUUGUUGUUGUUCAUAUGAUUGCCUUUUCUUUUCUUCUUUAUGUUUUUUCUUAAUUUUUUUUAGUUUAGUUUUUUAAUUUGUUUGAUUUUGUUUUGCGGUUACAAUGUGUAUUCAGUCUAGUAUCAACAGCGUCAUACAGUAAUCGUAAAAGGAAGUUACUCUAAUCCAUGUUUUCGUGGUAAAAGGGAUUUUCGUAUAGUUAUGUAUUUGUGCAUUGUUAAGAAAAUUUCCCAACCUAUGGGUUUGUUUCCAAACUCUUUCUGAAAAUACUGUGGUCAUUAACGCAACACGGAAGCAGCUUGUACUUCCUUUUUUUGUUAGAGAAGCGCAUACCCAGCCAAGUCUUAGGUGAAAUUUUUCACUGUAAGAGGAACCAUUUGAGCAAAUUUGGAAAGCGUACGCUCCUGCUAUCAAAGAUGUUAUUCAUAUGAUCCCAGCAGUAUUACGUAUUUCACAAAAUGGAAGAACUGCGGGUAGGACAAAAUGAGAACAUGUCACACUUCUCUCUUUCAUACCCACAUCUGAGUUUUGUGUGGGAGUACUCAGAUGUAAAUCACCACUUCCUCACCCACCUUUCCUGCUCCCCUAUCAUAGGCCUCAUUCCUGCUGGGCUCCACAUCUUGUGGUGAGGGUACACUGUGUAUUUUGUGUGUGUAUGUGUGUGUGUGUGUGUGUGUGUGUGCCCCUUGCAAAUUUACGCAGGUGCACAUUUUCUGUUUAUAGCACAAAGCGUCAUAUUUAAAUUUAACCUUUCGCAUUUCCUGAGUUUUUCUGGAGAUGUUGCCCUUUAGUUUUACAUCGAAAACAAUGUGCAUGAACUAUUCCAUAAAGAAACAUUAAACUGCU